CGUGUGCGGCGCGUCCUCAAUUGGAAGACUUACUGAACGGUCGUCUCUAGCUUAGGCGAUACAACCCUAGACCUCCGGCGCCUAGGGGCAGAGUAAGGAGGAAAGGGGCGCGAACCGCUCAACUAGCCGGAACGCAUUAGUAGCCUAAGGGGCAAUUGUUGGGCCGCGUAGUUGAGCGUACAUGGGCUUUGGGCCCGAUAGAGUCCCGUUGGCAAACAGGCCUAAUAAGAGGGCUCAGCCUAGUCAGAAGGGCCGAGUCCACGGGCGGUUCUUGACCAGCCCGAGGCCCGAGAAGUAGCUGAGAGACGCCCGACGCAGUGCCCGACGUUGUGCUACUUCGUCUCUUAUACCAAGGGUGCGUCUAGGAACACCAAGAAGGCGAUUGUGAAAUUCGAGUAUGGGACCUUAACACAUCACAUGCCCGAAAUCCAGCCCUUUACCAACUAGGCUAUCUUACCAUCGGCAAGCUCGACUCAUUAACAACCUUAUGCCUAACAUGUCAAAAUGGUAUCGUUUUCCUUUCAGGAAUGGUUCGUGGGUUCUCUCCAAUACCCACAGGCCACAAGCGCAAUUUGGGCUCCCCAUGAAAAGAAGCAUGCUAGGUACUCUUAAAAGCUAAAAUCUCAAUCUGGAUGGGCUUGCAGCCCAUUUCUAUGAUACAGCAAUUGUUUUUAUAUUUAUCUAUUUAUUUCAUCCAAUUUUAUCGAGAAGCGCGCAACAAAUACUUCCCAUUUUUCUGUGCAAGGCUGAGCACUGUCAGAACUCGGGAGAGCAGGUGCCCCCAAAUCCUUCAUCUCCUCCAAUCGCCACCGUCUCCAAAUCCCUAAAAUGAACGUCGCCAAAACGCCGUUCAACGGCUACUCCGUCAAAUUCAGCCCAUUCUACGAGGACCGCCUCGCCGUCGCCACCGCCCAGAACUUCGGCAUCAUCGGCAACGGCCGCGUCCACGUCUUCUCCCUUCCCCCAACCCCUACCGGAGCCCUCACGGAGAUCGUCGCCUUCGACACGGCCGACGGCGUGUACGACCUCGCCUGGUCCGAAUCCCACGACUCCCUCCUCAUCGCCGCCGUCGCCGACGGCUCCGUCAAGCUCUUCGACACCAACCUCCCCCCGCCGCAGAAUCCGCUCCGGUCCUUCCAGGAGCACACGCGCGAGGUCCACGGCGUGGACUACAACCCCACGCGCCGCGACUCCUUCGUCACCGCCUCGUGGGACGACACCGUCAAGCUCUGGUCGCUCGACCGCCCCGCCAGCAUCCGCACCUUCAAGGAGCACGCCUACUGCGUCUACUCCGUGGCGUGGAACCCGAGGCACGCCGACGUCUUCGCCUCCGCCUCCGGCGACUGCACGGUGAGGGUUUGGGAUGUGCGGGAGCCUGGUUCGACGAUGAUAAUCCCCGGCCAUGAGGCUGAGAUUCUGUACUGUGAUUGGAACAAGUAUGAUGAGGGCUUGAUUGCCACUUCCUCGGUGGACAAGAGCGUUAGGGUUUGGGAUGUGAGGAAUUACAGGGUGCCCGUUGCGUCGUUGAAUGGGCAUGGAUUCGCGGUGAGGAAGGUGAAAUUCUCGCCUCACCAUCGCAAUUUGAUGAUGUCCUGCUCCUACGACAUGACAGUGUGUAUGUGGGAUUUCAUGGUGGAGGAUUCGCUGGUGGGGAGGUACGAUCACCACUCUGAAUUUGCUAUUGGGGUGGACUUCAAUGUGCUUGUUGAAGGUCUGGUUGCGAGUACCGGAUGGGACCAGAUGGUUUUCGUCUGGCAGCAUGGAACUGAGCCUAGAGGGCCUUGAAAACUUUGGGGGGUUAGUGUUCUUGGUCUCUGUUGUAGUAAUAUUUUCCCUUGUUGUUCUGUGGUUUGCACCAUUGAUGCCAAAGUUACUGAAAUUGCAAUAGCUCGAGGUGUUCGAAUAUGAUACUUGUUCGGGAUGGAGUUUAAGUAAGCAUCUCUCGUUUUCCAUUGCAGCAGCAUGAAUGGAACUAGUUCAGGAUUGAGUUUGGCUGUGUCUCUCUUGGUUGAUUGAUUACCUCUUUGACUGAUCCCCCUUGUAUAUCACUUUUCCAGUUGUGUGAAUGGCAAUAAGAUCUCAUUCAUCUGUCGAAACUUUCUGUUUAUUCCCAGUUUUGGGUUCAUUGAGUUAUGGAAGUUGCAUAGCUGAUUGAUCAUCCGAACCUGCUUGAUACUACUUCUGUUUAGAAAUGAAAACAGACACCCUUUGCUGCUGCACUUGGAAGUAUGAUGCAUAAAUGUUGUCCUUUUGAAUUGAAUUCGUGCUCUGUGCCUGCAAUUGUGUCCCAAUAUGUUUGCAUACUGUUACUUUACCGCCGCCCAGUUGCUGAGUUUACCUAUCUGUAUCUUGACAAGAUUGCACUUAGGAUUAUAAUCUAUCUGUGGUUCUCAUACUCAGUUGGCUGAAAUGAUCACAGAAUGUGAAAUCGGCUGCACCGAGUUGCUGUAACCCUUACAUUGGACUGAUCCUUGGGCCCAGAUCUAUGGCUGGAACUUGGGCCCAGCUCACAAUAAAGGCUACGAUCUGGAGCUGGGCUUGAAGACUAGUAGUUGAUUCUAUAACCAAGGCCCAUGGAGGAACAACCUAGGCUUCUACUAAAUAUAAUGAGAGUACUUAUAGUAAGACCAAAAUGUCAGUUUCAGCUAGCUAGUAGUGAAGUUGAUAGAUCGGUUGCACGUUGGUUUCAGUCACGUGUUGGUGUUAGUGCAAUGAGCCAAAGGGCAAGGAAUCACAGAAGGAGAGAUAGAUACACAGAUAAUGACUUAAUUGUAUUGCCGAGGACUGAAGGGGCCCCUGCAGGAAAACGAUACCAUAGACGUCCUUAAUUGAUGAUGGCGAGAGACUGAGAGUAGCAUGUUAUACUGAAACAAAAAAUGAUGGAAACUAUGACGAACAAUGUGGCAAAGAAAACAAAUAAGGGUAAAAAUGAAAACUGCUCUGCCAAAUAUGUCGAUGUCGAUGCAUACCUAGCAACAUGCCUCGUGACACGUCGAUGGUGAUACGAUGGGGAUGACGAAUGUUCUUGUCGGAUGUCGUCUUGCCCGUCAACCCAAGUGUCUGACAAAAUAAUCGGCUCUACUGCUCGCCACAUUUUCGCACUGAAGGAAGCCACAAAACCAAGCAACGAUCAAGAAGAAGGAUGCUACAAGAUUGAUGAGACCUGGAAAUUUUAUUUGUCACGAAAAACAGAAACACGUACCGCGAACGACAACAUGACAAUCGAAAUGCCCGGCAAAUAGAAUCACCCCUCCACAGUACCAUCAUCGAAACGAAAAUGUUGAUAUGACUUGAAUCGGAUUAUCAGCCGCUACGACUGGUAAUCGGGGGUCUCGCUGCCCGGUCAGCGAGUGGGGUCCAGGGGCAACGCCCCCGGCCCACGGUGUAUGGGCUCAAUGUUAUUUGGGUUCGGGUUCUGGGCCUGGUCUGUAACCGUUUCCUUUGCCAGAUUAGAUUAGGUUUAGACCCACAUGGAGAAGUACUAUAAAUACUUCUCAUACUCCUCUGUAAUCUGUAAUCUCCUUGAUAUAGUGAAACUGGCUCUCUCUCGCCCGUGGACGUAGCUAACACACAUCGUGUUAGUGAACCACGUAAAUCGUGUGUCGUGUUUUCGAUUCUCGCUUUCGUAAUCUUACUUUGUCGAUUCCUGCUAUUUCCCGAUCCGUAGCAGUGCGUUUAUAAUAGAAAAAAUAAAUCGGAGAUGUUCCGAAUAGCAUUUAGCGAAAUCAAGAUAUUCCGAACAUCUAAAAUAAAUCUGUUCCAAACAAAACCUUCAAAAUCAUUAAAAAAAAAACAGACCGAAACCUAUAUUUGUACCAAACAGAAACGGGCUUCAACUACUCCAACUAAAAACUCUUCAAUCUCCAUCACCAAUUCACCACAGUACCAAUAAACACGUAGACCCCAACAUCAAUUCCCACACAGAAAGUACAGUAGUGAAGGUAACUCCACUGAGCAAGUGUGCUUUUGGUAGGUUGGAUUUAAAAAUAGGACAAAAGAGAAUGCCACUUUGGUUUUCUCCUUCUGUCUUUGUGUAAAUUUGAAGAUCCGGCCCGGCAUUUCCCCUCAAAGCCUAAAAAAGGGAAGGAAAAAAGAGAUCGGACGGCAGGAAAUAGUCAACUGCCGUCUCCCAGAAGGUAGAAACUAAAACUCAUUGGAAAAUUCAAUGUCUCAUGAUGGUUCCUGAAGAAUUAAAUAGGUCAGAAAGAGAUUGGGAGAGGAAUAAUAUGGCAGGCAGUCAAAAUUGGAAAUUGGCAGACCGGAAGAUCAAAAGAGACCAUCUUUCUUUCCUUUUUCUUUUUUCCUUUACUGAGGAACGACGAAGAAGACGAAGAAGAAGAUAACAAAGGUAUGGACGGGGGAAGAGGGUGUGGGGGCCGCCCACGAGCUGCCUCUGCCUUGCCUCCUCAGUUAAGCAAGUAACAUGGGCAAUGGAUGAUGAAAGUAAAAUGAACCACCGCAAUUGAAGGGGAAGAAAGGGUUUUUUUCUCAAGGACUAAACGACAUGGGAACGCCCAAAAUACGGCAAUCAAUCCAAUCUAAUCUAAUCUUCCUCGGCUAAAUUACACGGUUGGUCACUCAGAUCCCAAUGAAAGGAUGCUUGGAGGAAGAGGACGGUUUAGAGAAAAGAAAAUAAGUUCUCAAGACAGAAAUUAGAGACGAAUUUGUUUUAUCGUUGAUAAUAUUGCGGCCGAUUCCCUAAAAAAAUCCCUCAAAAGAGAUUAUUGCGGCCGAACAUCAUGAAAAAAAGGGGGGAAAACAAGUAAUCUCCGUUCGGUGAGAUUCUACAGAACAAGAAAUCGAGGGAAGUGUAUUUUGGCUAUUUGCCGAUUCUUUCACUGGAACGAAAACGAAUAUCUUUGGAAAGUCGGUGGGUGGGUGGGGGGGGGGGUGGUUAGGACGAUUAGCGGUCAAGUUAGUCUGAGUUGAGUUAAAUUUGAGUGGUUCGAUUUUGUGUCAGCCAACUCAGCACUCUUGUUUGUCACAUCGUCAAAAAAAAAAAAACUUUAUUAACGGGUCUCAAGGUAAGGAACGAUGGAUAACUAUCAGUGAGUUGAUACUAACGACUAGGAAGAAAGAAGAAAAAAAAAAAACGGAUGACCAAGCAUUUAAUUUACCAAAUCUUCCUGAUACCACUUUCCCCUAGUGGAGUUUGGUGUAAUUAGAGGGCAAAAGAUGAGAUCUGCAGUCCCCUUACCAUUUGCUUUUUUCUCUCCCAAUUAAAACAUGAAACACAAGACUACUACUUCUAAGUGACUAAUAAUGCUGAUUGGUAGUAGGGAUAUACAUUAUUGUCCCUUUCCAACUGAAACCAAUGUGGUAUAUGAUGCUAACAUGUAACAGUCCACAUUAAAGUUUGCAUCCAAAUCAAUUUUGCACCGGUCACUUGGCCUAUUGGAGUUGUUGGUUCCAAAACAAAAACCAUGUCCAAAUCAAUUUGCUACAAUGACUUAGUUUGAGAGAUUAUGGGCAAUAUUAUUUAUUAUAACACCUCAUCUACAUGAUUAAUUGAUAAAAUAUAAUUCUACCGUUUUGUUUUCCAAAUCGAAUCCACUUUACCAGAAAUUCUAACUACAGGAAGGGGCGAUGUAAUGUAGUAUGAACAUAUCAUAGUACAUUACCAUCUACUACCACCAAAGUAGAAUGAGUUACUAUGGCAGUAUGAAGUGAUAUGGUGUGGUAUAAUCAUUAUAUCACGUUGCAUUAGUACCUCUACAACGAAGGCAGAAUGAGUUACUACGAUGGUAUCGGAUGAUGUAUUGUGGUAUGAUCAUAUCAUGGUAUAUUACUAUCUCCUAGGACCACGACACAAUGAGUUACUAUGGUGGUAUGUGGUGGUAUAGCGUGGUAUGGUUAUGUCACAAUAUUUUACCAACUCGUAAAGUCAUGGUGGCGCACGCAUACACAUACACAAACACACAUAUAUGUACACACACAUACUCGAGUUGUGGCUUGUUGAUCAAUGAUGCUUUGACCGGACUGUACCUGUAGAUGGAUGAUUUUUUAUUAUUAUUAGAGAUUCUGAACCUUUUUCAUAGUAUUAGAGAUUUUCUUGAGAGAGGAGCGUAAGUUGUAGAAUUUGAACCCUAGCCUGUUGAUACACGAUGUUGCGAAUGGACUCUAGCAUGUUGAUGGACGAUUCUUCGAUUCAAGUUCUUAGAUGUUGUUUCAAGAUUCGUAGUAGUUUGAGAUAGAAGAUGGAAGGUAGAGAAUUUCGAGUUAAAGCAGAGGAAAUUGUGUUUUUUUUUCGCUGGAAGGUAGAGAGCGAUAAGGAAAGACACAAUGAAUUACUGAUAUUAUCUGCAUCUAUACAAUGAAAUACUAGCUGUGGGCCCCCGGCCUUUGGCCGGAAUAAUAUUUUUGAUUUUUUUCAAUUUUUUUACUUUUUCCUAUAUGAUUGAUAUUAGGGGUGGGCACGUGGGUGCUUAAUUCGCGGAUUGAUAUCAAUUCACCCGCAAAUAACCCGACUUGCAAGCCGUGGAUGAUUGAUAUGGGUGAAUUGCAGAUUGAUAUAUCUCCCAUCCACACUUAUGUGGGUGGGUGGUGGGUGAAUUGCGGGUCGCCCGUAUUUUCACAUGAAAAAUGUUGUUUCAUAUAUAGUAUCGAAUAUUAAUAAUAUUUUUGAACCGCACGCACUACAGUAUGACCAUAUACUUCAAAAUGUGGAGAAUAAAGAUUAGUUUUGACUACUAUUAUUGGUUAUUAUGUUGUGCAAUAUCCAUUGGAUAUUGGAUAUUGGGGCAAAUUAUUGUUAAUAUCAGUCAAAUAUUGGAAUGCAAACUAUAAAUUAGUAAUUAUAUGAAAAUCAUAAAAUGCGUAAGUUUUUUCUAAAUAAUUGGUUGAUAGAGUAGAAGGUUUUGAUGCAAAUACUACAUGGAUUCACUUGAGACAAAGUGAUAAAUGUCUAAAUUGAUACCAUCUUACUAAUUUGCUAUGAACUUAUUAUAAAUGUUAGUCAAUUUUCCUUAUGGCUAUUUGGAGAAUUGCUUUUGCGGGGUGACCUGCGAUCCAACCGCAUUCAUUCGCUACCCAUCCAACCCAACCCGCAGAAGAAUGUGGGUGGAUUACGGGUCACAAUUAUUCCAACUCGCUAAUAAACGGGUGGCUCAAUUUGAGACAAAAUCUACCCAACCCGCCCAUUACCCACCCCUAAUUGAUAUGUUCUUUAUAAAUUUAUUACGUAAAUUAAUGCAAAAUUUUAAUAACUAAUCAGGAGGUGGCUCUAUUACUGAAGUAGAGAAAGGCUAGGUGGACAAAGAGACGAAGUUAAAUGUGUGUUUCCAUUGAAGAUGUGGUUGGAUUUUCGACAGAUUGAGAGAGUUAAAAAUAAAUCGUUCAAUUCGUACGUAUAAAAAGAUUUUUAUUCGAAAAAAGAUCAUUAUUCAAGAACGCGAAAGCGUCUAGCGUAUAAGAAUUCAAUAUCAAGAGAGUAAUAAAGCCUCAUUAUUAUAUAAUUUUUAACUAAAAUAUAUCUAUAAUGUAAUUAGUCCAACAAAUAUUGUAAAAAUGUCGGAACAAAAAUCCAAAAAAUAUGGUAUAAUACAAUUUAUAUAGACAGGAGUGAUUAUAAAAAUAUGAGACUCUCUUAUAGUUUUAAUUUUGUUAAUAGUAAUUAUGUUAAAAUAUUCCAUAACCAAUUUAUUUUUCUCUUUCAUUUUUCUUUAUUUUAAUUUUUUUCAUUAACUUCUUUUCUUUCUCUUUUAUUUUUCCCUUAUGUAUCAUCACUCCUUCACCCACCAGAACACCAUCAUCACAAAAUCUGAACUUCCCUCUCUCUCUCCAAUUUCUCUGACGCAGAGCUAGAGCUAUAUUGUUUUCCCAUCUCAUUUUCUUUCCUAGCGGUCGAUCUAGUGGAUCUACCCAUUUACCCACUGGUCACCUUCAAGACCUCACCACAAAAGCUGAAUUUUUCUCACUCUAUUUCUUCCUCUAGUUUCUCUUUUUUAUCCGAAGCAGAGUAAGAGCUCUAUUUUCUCAUUUUCUUCUCUUGCGACCAAUCUUGUAUGUUUCUUUUUUGAUGAUCGAUUUCUGCAUGCAACCUCCCAAUGAACCUUAGAUCUCUAAAUGAACAAUAAUUCGUUGUAGGAUAAAGAAACGAUUGGGUCGGCUAGAGUCAAUUCACCGCCGGAAUUUCAGAGGCGAUCUCCAGCCUUAGCUUCGAGAGCAUGGGUUGAGUGGCAACAGGGAGCUUUGCGUGCUUGGUCUAUUGCUCUGAAACAGGGUUUCCAAUGACAGCAGUUAGGGUUUCAGAAUUAUGUUAGGUGUUUGCAAGGAUGAUGAGGGCUCGCUGACGACAACUUGGCAAGGAUGGCAGGGGCUGUGAUUAGCAAGGAGGGAGCGGAGAACAAAAUUCAAGGGAGGGAGAUUGGAAGAGAGAAACCAAAGAAGAGGCUCGCUAGGGAAAGGAGUUGGGAAUGACGAAAAAUUGGAAGACACAGGCAUGAGGCCGAGGAGAAGGAACAAGGAAGGAGUUGGAAUGACGAAAAACUCCUUCCGAGGAGUACGGGCUGUUGAGCAGCGGCUGAGGUGGCAAUUUUUUUUGGUUGACAUUCCCUUAUAUUUAUGUGUAGAUAUGAACCACACCAUAUAAGUAUCAAUAUAUAUCCUGUUCACGGAAUUGGAUUGGGUCAGGGGUGUGUCGUUUUAUUCAUUGGAUCAUGGAACAUGCAUUUCCUGACAACCGACAUAGAUGCUUCAAAUUAUGUUCAAUCUGUCUAAUGGCUAUACCAUUUUCUUUUGUAUAUGAAGUGGGUGGAAUUUUAUGCCAAUUACAAAAGGAGAAUAUAAUAAUUAGAAUAUAUAUUUAUUUGAUUGGAAAAGAGUAGUAGGUAGGCAAUCCAUCAAGUAAUACAAUAAAAUUUCAUUAAUAUA